AUGCUACUGCCCAAAAGAUCGCAAGUACCAGCAAAAAUUAUUAAAAAACUACUUCACUAUAAAUUCAUGAUUUCUGAAGAUUCUGUUGAAGUCACUUCCUGUUCUCAUAUUUUCUGUGAAGAAGAUGGUUCCAGAGAAUUUAACAAGGCCUAUUCAUGUCCUGCUUGUGAAAGCAGCCUUUCUGGAACUUUUGAUAUUAUCAGAAUUGACCUUCAACCUUCAGACCAAUAUAAGUCUAUGGUCCUUGCUGGUCAAAAACCAGAAGUUAUCAUGGAAAUAUGUUCAAGGGCCCUUUCCUUUUGGACAUACCAGUCUCAUCAAGAGAGAGUCUACCAGGAAUAUAUUGCCAGCAAAGUUAAAGAAAAGGCAACUCAACUUGAACAAUAUUAUGAAGAAGUUGUGUCUAGGAUUCAGUCUGAAUUGUGUUCUCUGAAGCUACAGCAAAAUGCCACCAAAAAGGAACUGGAGACCACUAAAAAGAAAUAUGGUGAAGUUGCUGAAAAAUUGGUGGAAAAAACAAGACAAUGCCAGAAGCUCCAGUCAAUGUAUGAUGUGAUACGUAGAAAGUUAAUUUCUCCCAUCAAUUAUGAAAAGGAAUGCCCGGAGAAAGUCUGCAACGGUUUUCGAAACGAGAACUUCAUUCUGUCUUUAUCUUCUGCUGAUGCUGUCCUCCGGAAGCUCUACACCCCUUCAUCAGCUCCACCUGCAAGCAAGAAUUGUGACGAUGAUUUUGUCCUCCAGCCCAACCACACACCGGUGAGUGGUGUCUUGCAUUCUGGCAAACAUUCUAAGAACCGCUCGGUCAUUAAAUGUCUGUGACUGCAACACAGGUUGUUUACUCUUUGAGAUACAUCAUCUUCUGCCUCCACCCUUCUACAUUCUUCUGGAACACAGGAAUGUAGUGUUUGAUAUUUGUUUUCUCAGUUCUGAAAUAUAUUGUUUCUGUGUCUUUAAUUCUCUUUCCUGAUUUCAGAAAACAGGGUGGGCCAAAAGUCACACACAAAAUAAGUUCAAUUGCCAAAAACAUGCUUCAAUUUUUCUAAAAUUGAAUUAAAUAAUGGUGAAUACACAUGUACAUGGUAAACACUAAAUAACAGUACAUGUCAAAUGUUUUGGUGAAUGACUUUUGGCCCCUCCUGUACAUAGGUAUAUUGAUGUGUUCCCUUUUUUCGUUUUUUUUUUACUUUGCUGUCACCUCAUUAUUCAUUAAAUUACCUUGAUGGUAUAUAAGAUGUAUGCCCCCCACAAAAAAAAAAAAACCAACUCAAAUUCACCCUAGGUCCCUUGAAGUUUAUAAAAUGCAAUAAAAAUAUUUUUUUCAUGAAUAUGCACUACUGAAAUUAGCCCAUGUCUAAUAUGCCCUCAAAUAUACUGUACCUUUGGAAUUUUCUGUAUUUGAUGGCUUAUAGUUUGCAUUUAUUUUCCCCAUUCAAAAUAAAAUUGUCAAAUGUUUUGGCCCACCCUGUACACAUAAAGGUUAAAUAUUUUUGUUCAAACUAUGUGCCCCCUCCCACUUUUUUUGUUUUGUUUCUCUCUUUGCUUCGUUAUUUAUGAAAUUACCAUAUUUCAUGGCAUUUAAGAUGCACCCUCACUCCCACCCCAAAAAUAAAAAAUCACCCAUAAGUCCUAUCUAUGAAGUUAGGACUCCUGUAAGCUUGAAUGCAAUAAAAACAUUUUUUCUUGAACAUGCACUGCUAAAAUUGGCAUGUGCUUAAUGUUCUCAUAUUUUCCGUACAUGUGGAAUUUUCUGAAUUUGGUGUAUAAUACACAUGUAUUUAAAAAAAAAACAAAAAACGUGUGGUAAGAAGCUUGCUUCCCAACCACGUGGUUCUGGGUUCAGUCCCACUGCAUGUUCAAAUGUCUUUUGGUUGGGCCUUAAGCAGAUUUAGUAGAUAGAAACUGGAAGAAAACCCUUUGUGUGCAUAUAUAUAUAUAUAUAUAUAUUGGGUUGGUGCAUAAUUAUUACGGCUUUUUUUUUCAACAAAAACAAUAACAACAUGUAACAAAAACGUCUUUAAAUGAUUGUUCUGGAGCAUAUUCACCAUCUACCUCAAUUAUUGCUUCCCAUUUGCUUGGCAGAUGGUCAGACCGUCAUUUACAGAUGUUUUUGCUGAAUAAAAGCCGCAAUAAUUAUGCACCAACCCAGUAUAUAUAUGUGUGUGUAUGGCUUUGGGCUGUCUCCGUGACAACUGGUCUUGGUGUGUUAAUGUAAAUUAGCAGUUCGGCUAAAGAGACCCAUAGAAUGAGCUCUGGGGGCAGUUUGUUCAACUAAAAAUUUUUCAUGGCACUGCUCCAGCAUGGCCACAGUCAAAUGACUGAAACAAGUAAAAAAAUCAAAAUCUCAAAACACCACCAUGGGUCCCAUAUGCAUAGUCGGGCCCCUGAGCCAGUCUGGUAUGGGAACAUGCACAGUUGUAUGUUGUUGCAUCCCCUAUUUGCUGGCGUUUCCCUGCUCCUGGCAGGUGACAACCUGUAGGGUUGGGGGUACUUCCAAUAUACCUUUGCAUCUUUUAUGGCAUCAGAUAUGGUAAACUUUUAACCAUUACUAGUUCCUUUGUUCCUUUUUUUGUUUAAUAUGCAAAAUUAAAAAAACAACAAAAAACAAAGAGAAAACUAAUAAACAAAUA